AGAGCAAGGCAACUUGGUAAGGUAGGCAAAAGCGUGGUUACUGGUGGUUGUUCCUUGCUUGUACAGUUGUGUUUCUGACUUUCUUCCUUAAUUUUAAACUCUUACAAGUCGAAGUUCAAAGCUUCCUGUAUUAAAAAUCCCAACUACGAAUUCAUUUUCUGUGGAGGGUUUUCUGAAGAUCGACUCGAAGGUGAAGAAGUGAUGGAUGUUAUCAAGACACAACAGAUCUCGUCGAGGCCGAUUGAGAAAGUUAUAGUCCAUCCUCUGGUUCUUCUUAGCAUCGUCGACAAUUACAACAGAGUCGCGAGGGAUACCAGGAAACGUGUUAUUGGAGUUCUACUUGGGAGUUCCUUCAAAGGCACUGUUGAUGUCACCAAUAGUUACGCAGUGCCCUUUGAGGAAGAUGAUAAGUAUCCCAGCAUCUGGUUUCUUGACCACAAUUACCAUGAAUCAAUGUUCUCCAUGUUUAAGAGAAUAAAUGCCAAGGAGCAUGUUGUAGGUUGGUACAGCACAGGUCCAAAACUGCGGGAAAAUGACCUGGAUAUUCAUGGAUUGUUUCACGACUAUGUUCCAAACCCUGUGUUGGUCAUUAUAGAUGUCCAACCAAAAGAACUUGGAAUACCCACGAAAGCUUACUAUGCUGUUGAAGAGGUUAAAGAGAAUGCCACUCAAAAAAGCCAGAAGGUGUUCAUGCAUGUACCUUCAGAAAUUGCUGCUCAUGAAGUAGAGGAAAUUGGCGUGGAGCAUUUGCUCAGGGAUGUUAAGGACACAACUAUUAGCACCCUUGCAACCGAGGUUACCGGGAAACUUGCAGCAUUGAAAGGAUUAGAUGCACGAUUACGAGAAAUACGUGGUUAUCUUGAUCUUGUUGUUGAUGAAAAGCUCCCUCUAAAUCAUGAGAUUCUGUACCAUUUACAGGAUGUGUUCAACCUACUUCCGAAUCUGAAUGUAGCUGAGUUAAUCAAGGCUUUUGCUGUGAAAACAAAUGAUAUGAUGUUGGUUAUUUAUCUUUCCUCUCUCAUUCGAAGUGUAAUUGCUCUUCAUAAUCUGAUCAACAACAAGAUGCUCAACAAAGAACAUGAGAAAGCUGAAGAUGCAAAACCAGCAGCCAUACCAGCUGCUGCUGGAAGCUGAAAAUGGGGAUUAUCAGCAGGCAUGGAUAUUCUAUUGUCAAGAGAGCUCGAGUUUUGGGGAGCACAUUGCCAGUCGUACCUUUAUGGGGGCUCGAAUUCCUGGGAGCUAUGUUUUCUCUGAGGAUAAGAGGAGAGGGUGUGGAUCCUAACCUUGGAGAUCCAUUACCCCCAUUCAUUUGUUUGGAUAAUUAAGAGCUUUAUUUUACUAACGUCACAAUUUCUGAAAGAGCAUUUCAUGAGACGGAAUGAAUGACUGAAAGGCAUCUUGUUUCUGCACUUCAUACUUUGAUGUUUCAGUGCAAUUAUACAGUGGGGGAUUUGUUUUCGCCUUGAAAGUCAAACAUUUUGUUGUGCC